GCUCUACCAGCUCACCAGCAUCUGUUGGCUGGCAUCGGACACACCAUCGGAUGGAUCCAGCAAAAAUUCCGCAGGAGAUCUGGGACCACAUCAUCGCAAGCGUUGAUGAAGACACCUCUUUACAGUCCUGUUCACUGACCUGUCGAAGUUGGCUCAGAGCCAGUCAGGCUCGAAUAUUUUUGGAACCCAUCACGGAGUACCCCAUCACGGAGAGAACACAUGUAGAGUGCCUUUACUGUCUCCUGGCAGACAGCCUUCAUCUGCGCAAGUACAUCAGGGUGCUGUCAAUUACCGCCGCAUCCCUCCGCCGCUUCGCGGAUCUUCACCUCCCGAAUGUCCAAGUGAUAAAAGUGGAUAGUUCUCCGGUUUGGGGGGAGAACUCGCCCCCGUGGAGAGAUGUGACUAAAUGGGCACCUCUAUCAGCUUUCCCUAGCCUUACCGACCUACAAAUUCACAUGGAUUGCUACACACCGCGCCGAUUCGUCGAGUGGAUCAUCUCCCUUCCACGUACAAUCCGAUCCCUCAGCCUGAGCGACAUCUACUUCAACACCACCGAAGGGCUGGAUCUUGCUACGAUGCCCGUCUCCAAUGCCGGGCUUCAUCUGACGAGAUUGCAGACUGACAACACAGACUCAGAGGCGGGUCUCGAAGUGUUGCUUCUGACGCGUCAUGCGGCAGAGGAGACGUCAUUCUCGCGCUUGAAAAGCUGUCGUUGGGUGUUGGCUUUUUCCCGUCAUGGGCAUCGACGAUCAACCCGCUCCUGCGGCAAAACGACAAACUGCUCUCACUCAAAAUCAGCAAGUAUCAGAACAUUGUGUCCUAUAGAACUUGAGCCCGCUCACGCGCAUAUUCAAGAUACCCUCGAUUUUUCGGCACUGUGUUCCCUCACGGAAGUCAACGUAGAAAUGUGGGGGGUGGUACCCAUUCCUCUUCACAUCCAUCUUCAGCACCUUGCCGUCUCGCUGUCUACAAUCGACUCUAGCGCCUUCAACUCGCUCAUGUUGAGAAUCACAAUCAAGGAGACGGAAACGCCGCUAACCGUCUUCUUGCGAACCUUGGACGACAACUUAUCAGAUCCGCGUUUCGAACGACUCAGAGAACUGCACAUCAGCUGCCCCAAGCACCGCUCCCUCCGUCCUCCACUGGACGUGGAAGGCUUGAUCGCGUCGCACUUCGCGGUGCUAAGACAGCGCGGUGUUGUGGUAAUGCUUUCCGACCAAUAGAUGCCAUUCUGAACGGCGCUCAGCGUCCGGAAUCCUGGCUCCGGCCCGUCACCCAUCCAGCUGAAAACGACAGCAACUGUAAAGUAGAACGAAGGACAUCGAAUUUCAUGUGCUCCGGAUAAUCGUUCAC